GAAGGAUAAGAUGGUCUUUUGAGGUGAAAGAAGGUGGAAUACAGUGGAUCUGUGACGUAGAGCGGUGGUGGUAAGGAGGUGCGUUUUUAAGUUAACCGCCGUUGCGGAGGCUACUUUAGGGUCCCAACUCCCAACUACGAAUCCUAAGUGAAGUCUACUGAACCCAACCGCCGUUGGGUCAGCUCAGCUCAGCUCAGGUCUGCUUCUUCUUCUUCUUCUUCUUCCUUUCUUCCAAUAUUCCAUGCUUUCACACAAACACGCUCUCUUCAUUCAACCAAGCUACAUUGUCACUCCCCAAACCCUCGCCAAUUCACCCAAGGGCUUUUAAUUCUCGUCUUCUUCUACACCGCGACUCGAAUUCCGUUAACACCCUAGCGGCACGAUGCUCAUGAUUUAGUGUUUGAGUAGAGCUCAGGAUUCGCAGUCACCCAUGGAGGAUGGCCCCGAGCGGCUAGUUGAUAACUCUCAUGGAAAUUUAGAAAUGGAGGUUGUUGAAGAUGACGAUGCCGCUUUGCAGCGCCAGCACCAUUCAGAAAAGGAUCAGAAUGUGGAUUCCAACUCCCCUGCUCAGCUCCAACAGGAUCAUGUCAUGUUCGAUCGGCAAAGUGAUGACAACAAGAAUGCCAAUUCUGCUCUUCUUUCUGUGCUAGAGACCAAGACGGAUAGUAGUAACACGCGCCUUGAGAAUCGCCUUCAAGAUCCUAAAGUCCAUUCGCACCAUGAAUUACUCACUCCGAAGCCUAAAGAGAGGAAUGUUAGGGAAAUGAAAAACGUGCUCCAUGAUACUGAGAUGACUGAUUAUGAUGAGUCUGGUUCGUAUUCCGAACGAGAAGCAUUUAUGAGAGAGCUGGAGAGUUUCUAUAGAGAGAGAUCCUUGGAGUUCAAGCCUCCUAAGUUUUAUGGAGAGCCACUAAAUUGCCUCAAGUUAUGGAGAGCUGUCAUCAAACUUGGUGGCUAUGAUGUGGUAACUGGAUCCAAGUUGUGGCGGCAAGUAGGAGAGUCUUUCCAUCCACCCAAGACUUGCACUACAGUCUCAUGGACGUUUAGAAUCUUUUAUGAGAAGGCACUUUUAGAGUAUGAAAAGUAUAAGAGAGAAAUUGGGGAGCUACAGCUCCCUGUUGGAUCAUUUCAUCAAUCUUCAAGUGUGGAAAAAGAGACUGCUGUUUACCAGGCUCCAGGCUCUGGCUCUGGUAGGGCACGAAGGGAUGCGGCAGCACGUGCAAUGCAAGGUUGGCAUGCCCAGCGCCUACUUGGAUAUGGUGAGGUUGCUGAGCCAGUUAUUAAGGAUAAGAACUCCAAUUCUACUCCGAAACGAGAAAAGAACCUCAAAAGUAUUGGUAUGCUAAAUAAACACAGGACACCAUCUGUUCUUGAGCAUGCUGGGAAAGCUGCAAAUAUUGAAGGAGAUAGACAAUUGGUCACGGCAGUUGUAGAUGUUGGACCCCCAGCAGACUGGGUGAAGGUCAAUGUGCGAGAAACUAAGGAUUGUUUUGAGGUUUAUGCACUAGUUCCUGGACUCCUUCGCGAGGAGGUGCGAGUCCAAUCUGAUCCAGUUGGUCGUCUAGUUAUAACUGGUCUCCCAGAACAUGUUGACAAUCCAUGGGGAAUUACCCCCUUCAAGAAGGUUGUGAACUUACCUGCAAGAAUUGAUCCGCUUCAGACAUCUGCUGUAGUUAGUUUGCAUGGCCGACUGUUUGUACGUGUUCCCUUUGAGCAGGGAGCUGUGUAACUUUCCUCCUUUCAUUGGUUGGCUUCUUGAAGUUCAUCACUCAGGACUUGAAAUGUGCUCUACAACCAGGGCAUCACUAUGUAUGGAAUAGCGGAAACUGCCACCCAACUGUUAUUAUUGUUUUUUCAUUUUUAUUUUUAUUUUUACUGUUAGUUACAUUUUCAUGGAUGCAAUAUAUAUGCUUUGAUUAUCUUCA